AAAACUCUCAUUUUAAAACAAGGGUCUGAGCAAAAAUGAGCAGCAACGUUAACGGCGAGAUAGUAUCAAACCCUCCUCCAUCUCAAGGAAAGCUCGUCACUGUCCUUAGCAUCGAUGGUGGCGGAGUCCGAGGCAUAAUCCCAGGGACCAUCCUCGCCUUCCUCGAAUCCAAACUCCAAGAGCUUGAUGGAGAGGAUGCAAGGAUUGCAGACUACUUUGAUGUGAUUGCGGGGACAAGCACGGGCGGCCUGGUUACUGCAAUGCUCACAGCUCCGGACAAGAACAAUCGCCCUCUCUUCGCUGCAAAAGAGAUCAAUGAUUUCUAUUUGGAGAACUCUUCCAAGAUUUUUCCUCAGAAAAAUUGGAUGUUGAGUAUUCCUAAGAUACUCACAGGGCCUAAGUAUGAUGGCAAGUAUUUGCAUUCUAAGAUACAAGAUUUGGUCGGUGAAACAAGGAUACAUCAAACUGUGACUAACGUGGUUAUCCCCACUUUUGAUGUCAAGCUUCUCCAACCCACCAUCUUCUCAACUUUUGAGGCAAAGAUUGAUCCGCUAAAGGAUGCUCUUCUAUCCGAUAUAUGCAUCGGCACAUCAGCAGCACCCACAUAUCUCCCGGCACAUCACUUCGAAACAAAAGACACUCAAGGAACCACCAGGAGCUUCCAUCUUGUUGAUGGAGGAUUGGCUGCAAAUAAUCCGACUAUGACAGCAAUGAGCUGCAUAACAAAAGAGAUCAUUAUGCGUAAAAGUGAUUUCUUUCCAAUCAAACCCACAGACUACGGGAAGUUCCUGGUGAUAUCUAUAGGGACUGGAACAACCAAGGAUGAAACUUACUGUGCACCAGAGGCGUCAGGUUGGGGAGUUUUAGGAUGGCUUACAACAAAGGGGCUGGUGGACAUGUUUACUCAAGCGAGUGGAGACAUGGUCGACAUCCAUGCCUCCGUUCUCUUUCAGGCUCUCCAUUGCGAGAAAAACUAUCUUCGGAUCCAGGAAGAUACAUUGACUGGUGACUUGAUUUCAGUGGACAUCUCAUCAAAGAAGAACUUGUUGGGUCUUGUUGAAGUCGGUAACGCCCUCCUAAAGAAGCAAGUGUCAAGGGUGAACAUAGAAACAGGCGUAUUUGAGGUAGUUGAAGGAGAGAAAACUAAUGAGGAAGAGCUCACACGCUUUGCGAAGUUACUUUCUAAUGAACGAAAGCUUCGGCAGUCCAACGUUGCCAAAUGAUCCAUAUAUUUUUCACGCAACUUUAUGGUUUCAAUAUGUGCUACAAUCGAGUUCUGUUGUUGUUUUUAAUGAUAUAUGUUGGAAAAUAAGUAUAAAUACAUGUUUGUGGUGCACAAGUUCCUAACUAAAUUGUUAGGAUCAUUUCACAUCCAUUCAGUUUCCACAUGAAAAAUGGAUGGUCUAAUCCAGGAAGUAACAUCAU